UACUAUCGAAGCGGGUUAAAAGGGAUGCGAGCGCACUGACUGACACUACUUAUUCUUCUCAGACGGAGGGCUGUUAUACACUAAGCAGGAACAUUACGCCACUGACUGUCAAAGGGUCGGAAAGGAGAGACGGAGGAAUCGGGCCGCGGAUUUUAUGAAACUACCGUGAGCAAUGAGGACAGAAGUGAGGGCCGCUGUGGACUUCCUGAGCAACCUUGCCCAAAGACGGGGAGGUGUGGACCAAGUUCGAGCCCGGCGCUUUGCGGAAAAGCUGGAGGAGCUGCUGUGCGAGAAGUACGCAAGCCACUGGUACCCGGAAAACCCCGGCAGGGGCCAGGCGUUCAGGUGCAUCAGGAUUAACCGCAGCGGACCCUUGGACGGGUCGGUGCUGAGAGCCUGUGAGGAGAGCGACCUCAGUCCGGCGGAGCUUGGUCUGCCGCCCGAGAUCACGGUGUGGAUCGAUCCCGAGGAAGUGUGCGUUCGGUUGAAGGAAGACCAGUCCUUUUUCAAACUCCAUUUUGAAAAGCAAGUGAUGAUGGGAGAAGGGUACGAGGGACCAUGGAAAACUGAAGGCAGCGUUAGCUCUGAGUGCCACUCGGCCAGCUCUUCCGACUGCGAAUCGGUGGUCUCAAGUGACUCUGAGGAACAGGGGAAGGAAGCCGCUUCAGUGGGUGAGCCGAGGCAAAGUGAAGAAGAGGAUGAACUCUGCUUACACGCUUCAGGGCCCAGGGUCCGGGAGUUACGGCAGUCAGGCUCAGGACGCCUGCCCCAGGUCCACGGACACCAACCUGUUUCCCGUCCUUGGCGCAUCAUCUGCAACACAGACUGCCCAGUAGACUCGGCCCCGAUGCUCGGAUACUACAUCUACCCGUACCCAAAGGCUGAUCCGCAGUUCGUCGUGAUCUAG